CGCCAGCUAAACAAACAACAAUUGUGCAAAAUUAGGGGACAGAUUGAGAAGCAAUCGAUGAAGAGAAUUGGUAUGAGUUACUUGUGCAAUGGUAUUCCGUUUCUCUCUUACUUUACUACUUCCCUUUCUGUUAGACCUUAUUCUUCAUCCCAUGUAAUUGGGUUACCCAUCAAUUUUGAGAAUGUCAAGUGUUUAGAUGAAGCUGUAAUUCUCUUUACGCAAAUGGUUACAAUGAAGCCUCUUCCUUCUCUUGUCGAUUUUUCUAAAUUAUUUAAGACUAUGAUAAUUAUGAAGCAUUAUUCUGCUGUUGUUUCUCUUUUUCGAGAAAUGCGCAAAUUGGGUAUCCCAAUUAACGAAUUCAUUUUGAGUAAUGUGAUUAAUAGCUAUUGCCUGAUGAAUCGUGUUGAAUGUGCAUUUUCUAUAUUACCCAUUUACCUCAAGAAUGGUAUUCCAUUUAAUGUUGUCGCCUUUAACACACUAAUUAGGGGAUUCUUUGCUGAAAAUAAGGUCAAAAAUGCCGUUGCAUUGUUCAAAAAAUUGGUGCGAGAAAAGAUUUGUGAACCUGAUGAAGUCAUGUAUGCAACCGUCAUGAAUGGGCUUAGUAAAGGGGGUCAUACGGAGAAGACUUUAAGUUUGCUCCGGUUAAUGGAACAGGAAAACACUUUUCCUAAGCCUGACAUAUUCAUCUACACCAUUGUUAUAGAUGCGCUUUGCAAAGAUGGAAACUUUGAUGUUGCUAUCACUCUUUUGAACGAGAUGAAGCAGAUAGGAAUUCCUCCUAACGUAGUCACGUAUAAUUCAUUGAUUGAUGGUAUGUGUAAGCUUGGUCAGUGGGAAAAGGUUAGGAAUUUUGUCUCUGAGAUGGCCGUGAACCUUAAUAUUUGUCCAGAUGUGUACACCUUCAACAUAAUGAUAGAUGGACUAUGUAAAGAAGGGAAAGUUGCAGAUGCUGAGGAAUUAAUGAAACACAUGGUCAGAAAAGGUGUAGAGCCUGAUAUAAUCACCUACAAUACGAUAAUGGAUGGAUAUUGUUUGUGUGGUCAACUGGAUGAAGCAAAGAGAACUUUUGAUAUCAUGAUAGAUAAGUGCAUUGAGCAUGACAUUAUUAGCUAUAACAUACUAAUAAAUGGAUACCAUAAGAAAAACAAAUUGGUCGAGGCCAUGCAAUUGUUUUGUGAAAUUUCCCAAAAGGGAUUAAAGUCUAAUAUAGUUACCUACACUACUAUCUUGCAAGGUUUGUUUGCAGUUGGAAGAAUUGGCGAUGUGGAAAAAAUUUAUGCCGAGAUGCUAUCUAUGGGCCCCGAGCCUGAUAUACACACUCAUAGCGUAUUGCUCAAAGGUUAUUUUAUGUAUGGGCUUGUUGAAGAAGCUAUGUCGCUCUUUAAAAAGUUGGAAAGAAAGAGAGAAGUUACUAGUAUUGCAUUUUACAGUGUUGUCACUAAUGGAUUGCGCAAAAAUGGUAAACUCGAGGAAGCUCGUGCUAUUUUUGAGAAGCUUUCUUUCAUUGGAUUGCUUCCGAAUGUUAGAACAUACACGGUAAUGAUAAAUGGAUUUUGUCUGAAAGGGUUGUUUCAUGAAGCUAAAGAUAUUCUCAGAAAAAUGGAAGACAGGGGUUGCUUUCCAAACAAUGUCACUUACAAUGUUAUUGUGCAAGGAUUUCUCAGGUACAACAAAAUUAGUGAAAUGACAUCUUUCAUGAAGGAAAUGGUUGGAAGGGGCUUCUCAUUUGAUGCAACUACAACCGAGUUAUUGGUAAAGAUUAUAAGGAAGAAUCCUUCUGUCCUUCAUAUGAUACCAGAGCUUCACUCGGGAAAAAAACAGUGAAUAUUUCUUUCGCUUGGUUUGGUUUAUUCGCGUAUACUCUGCCACUAUUAUAAAUUUCCUUUUCACCCUUGCAAAAGAGACGACAUCCAAUGCAGUUGAAGUAGCUGAAACAAUGGCAGCCAGAGUGUUUCUUGAGCUUUCCAGGCACUUAUUGCGGAGGGAAAUAAUAGACCAUUGCAAUUCUCAUUUUUUGUUGGAGUCUUUUCACUCUUUUGAGUUAAUUGGGAAUUUGAAGACGUGAAAUUGGAGGCUAUAUCUCUCAAUGAUCAGGUCUGUCUGUGACUCACUGUGGUGGAAAAUUCAGAAAGACGGCAAGUUUAUUGUCGAAGUAUGUUAUAAUUAUUUUUUCGGGAAUAUGGGAGGCAUUCACAAGGACUGGCCAUGGAGAAUAGUUUGGAAGACAAUUGCAUCCCUGAGGGCCGACAUGUUUCACUUGGAUCGCUACUCCUGAAGCUUGUUCUGUGCAGCAGAUGCUUUUUGUGUGCAAGUGCCAAUGAAUCAGUAAAUCAUCCACCGCUUCACUGCACCAUCAGUAAACAGUUCUGGACAAUGUUUCAUGUUAUUUUUGGUGUCCAAUGGAUCAUGCCAGGAUGCAUUAAACGUACACUAUGCAGCUUCACUACACAAUUGCUGUUCUGGUCUAUUUUAAUGGGGAGGAAUGUUUAGACGUUUCAACGACAAGAGAAGCAAGAAUAAAAAGGUAUGGCAAGACUGGAUCACCGUUGGGAUAUGGAGCCAAAAAUUAUACUUUGAAAUAACCCAUGACUCGUCUAAGGGCUUCAAAAUGCUUUCUUUUGUGUAUAGGAAUUCAAGA